UUGCCGGCCCCGGCCAUGUACAGCAUGCUGGAGACGGAGAUGAAGGCGCCGCAGCCCACGCCGGGCAGCACCGGGGGGAACCCCGCUGCGGGCAGCGCCGGCAAAGGCGGCGGAGGCGGCGGGACCGGCAGCGGAGCCGGAGCGGGCUCGGACCAGGACCGGGUCAAGCGCCCCAUGAACGCCUUCAUGGUGUGGUCCCGCGGGCAGCGGAGGAAGAUGGCCCAGGAGAACCCCAAGAUGCACAACUCGGAGAUCAGCAAGCGGCUGGGCGCCGACUGGAAGCUGCUGAGCGACGCCGAGAAGCGGCCCUUCAUCGACGAGGCCAAGCGGCUGCGGGCCGUGCACAUGAAGGAGUAUCCGGAUUACAAAUACCGGCCCCGGAGGAAGACCAAGACCUUGCUGAAGAAGGACAAAUACUCGCUGCCCGGCAAUCUGCUGGCCCCGGGGGGGGCCAACGCGGUGAGCAGCCCGGUCGGGGUGGGGCAGAGGAUUGACACUUAUGCCCACAUGAACGGCUGGACCAACGGGGCUUACUCACUGAUGCAAGACCAGCUGGGCUACAGCCAGCACCCGGGCAUGAACAGCCCGCAGCUGCAGCAGAUGCACCGCUACGACAUGACGGGGCUGCAGUACAGCCCCAUGAUGUCCUCGGCCCAGACCUACAUGAACGCCGCCUCCACCUACAGCAUGUCCCCCGCCGCCUACGGCCAGCAGCCCUCCACGGCCAUGAGCCUGGGCUCCAUGGGCUCCGUGGUGAAAUCCGAGCCCAGCUCGCCGCCUCCGGCCAUCGCCUCCCACUCGCAGAGGGCCUGCCUGGGAGACCUGCGGGAUAUGAUCAGCAUGUACCUGCCCCCCGGCGGGGAUGCCACAGACCCUUCCGCGCUGCAGGGCAGCAGGUUACACAGCGUCCACCAGCACUACCAGAGUGCCGGGACUGCCGUGAAUGGUACCGUACCACUAACUCACAUAUAAAUAAACUUCUGGCUGCUCCGGACCGCUCCCCGUCUUAAUCCCU